AGCUCUUCACGCCCCUCAAAAUUGGCAAUGGCACUCUCACCCUCUCCCACCGCAUCGUGCUCGCGCCCCUAACCCGCAACCGUGGCGUCCCCUUAAAUCCCAACGCACCGUCCUCAGCCCCGAACAGAACCUGGUACCCAGACUCCCUAGUAACGGAAUACUACACGCAGCGUACAACACCCGGCGGACUCCUCAUCACAGAAGGCCUCCCUCCCUCCCUCGAAAGCAACGGCAUGCCUGGCGUCCCCGGUCUGUGGUGUGCGGAACAAGUCGCGGGCUGGAAAGCCGUCGUGGAAGCUGUCCAUGCAAAGGGCGGAUAUAUAUACGCACAACUGUGGAAUGCGGGCCGCGCGUCUGUACCGCAGCAUACCGGUAUGCCUACGAUCUCUGCCGCAGCAACACCCUAUGAUGGCGACGAGGUAUAUCCGUAUCCGCCGCCGGGCAGUAGUGCGCAGGUCCGGUAUGCGGAUUUCCCGCCCACGGAACUGAGUCAUGCGGGGAUUUCCAAGCAGAUUGCAGAUUAUGUCAAUGCUGCUAAGUUGGCGGUACAGGAGUGCGGGUUUGAUGGCGUGGAGUUGCAUGGUGGGAAUGGGUAUUUGCCAGAGCAAUUUUUGAGUAGUAAUAUCAAUACGCGGACAGAUGAGUAUGGCGGUACGCCUGAGAAACGCUGUCGUUUUGUGUUGGAAGUAAUGGAAGCGCUUGCUGAGGCUGUAGGAGAAGAUAAGUUGGCUAUCCGCUUGACGCCGUUUGGACUGUACAACCAAGCGAAGGGGAUGCAGAGAUUGGAAACGUGGGGGUAUUUGUGUAGGGAAUUGAAGAAGAGGUUGAGCUUGAGUUAUGUGCAUUUUGUUGAGCCGCGGUAUGAGCAGGUACAUAGUCUAGAGGAGAAAACAAAGGUUUUGGAAUCUUGGGGAAUGGCAAGUGUGAAUCUAAAGCUAUUCAGAGAGAUUUUUGGGGAUACACCAUUUUUCUCGGCAGGAGGUUGGAACGAUACAAACUGCUGGGGCGUAUUGGAGGAAGGAACAUACGAUGCUUUUGCUAUUGGACGAUUGUUUCUGGGUACGCCAGAUAUGAUUGAUAGAUUAAAACAAGGCCAGCCCCUGAACGCGUACGAUCGGUCUCGCUUCUAUGGGCCCUUCCCAGACCGAGAAGUAGGAUACACUGAUUACCCAACGUAUGAGGAAGUAAAAAAUUCGGGAAAGCCAUAG